AGGGAAGAAAGAAUCGAGUGGGCGGGACGUAGAUGCAGGUUCUGUAGUAGAGCAUCCUUAACACAGAGGCUCGGCUAACAGCUACGGUUCAAAACUGAUGCUGAGUCAGGGAGAGGUUUCAAUUAGAGUCACAUCCUGCUCGGUUUGGACUCUCCAAAAACUAUGGAAGAGCUGGAACAUACCUGUCCAUUUCCACGAACGCCUCUUACAGAACCAGCCAUAUUUACCACAGAGACGAGUUGUGAGUGUCAGGCCCCACACGAGAAGCUUACAGUAGAUCAAGCUCGGCUCGGGACACCCGUGGACAGGCCGGUGCGAGUCUAUGCAGAUGGGAUCUUUGAUCUUUUCCAUUCUGGUCACGCCCGUGCUUUGAUGCAAGCUAAGAAUCUGUUUCCUAAUACCUAUCUUAUAGUUGGAGUAUGCAGUGAUGAGCUCACUCACAAGUACAAGGGCUUCACGGUAAUGACCGAAGAGGAGCGAUACGAAGCUUUGAGACACUGCCGCUACGUCGAUGAGGUUUUGCCUGACGCACCCUGGACUCUGACCCAAGAAUUUUUAGAAAAACAUAAGAUUGACUUUGUAGCCCACGAUGAUAUCCCAUACUCCUCCGCUGGAUCCGAGGAUGUCUACAAGCAUAUUAAGCAGGCAGGUAUGUUUGUGCCCACUAAAAGGACAGAAGGGAUCUCGACGUCUGACCUGAUAACCCGGAUAGUGCGAGACUAUGAUGUAUACGCUAGGCGUAACUUGCAGAGGGGCUACACAGCUAAGGAACUGAAUGUCAGUUAUAUCAACGAGAAGAAGUAUCGUCUGCAGAAUCAGGUGGACAAGAUGAAGGAAAAGGUGCGGACUGUAGAGGAAAAAUCCAAGCACUUUGUUUAUAGAGUGGAGGAGAAGAGCCACGAUCUAAUCCAGAAGUGGGAGGAGAAAUCACGGGAGUUUAUUGGGAACUUUUUGGAGCUCUUUGGCCCAGAUGGAACAUGGAAGCAGAUGUUUCAGGAACGUAGUGGAAGAAUGAUCCAGGCUUUCUCCCCGCACUGCUCGCCCAGCAGCAGCCCUCCGAGAGAAUAUUCUCCAUCGCGUUCCCCGUCGCCCCCCUCCCGCUGGGCCAUGACCAGAACAUCACCGCCCUCCUCCCCGAAAGGCGCAUCCGCUUCUAUUAGCAGCAUGAGCGAAGGUGACGAGGAUGAAAAGUGACCAUUAAACGUUUAUGUACUUUGUAGAUUGCACUUUACCCUUACACACACACACACACACACACACACACACACACACACACACACACACACACACACACACACACACAGUCAGUAAAGAGAGGUCCACACAACUACUUACAUGAAAACUUGUGUUCACAUACACAGCACAGGGUUGUCUUGUUUGGUUAUGCUGGUAUUACAGCAAAUAUUUAAUAAUAAGCCAUUGCAGCUCCUAUUUGAUGGACAGAGGAAGGUAUUACCCAAGGAUGAUACUCAAGGUAUUACCUAAGAAGAAAGCAUUUUUUUUUCGCUUACAAGAUUAACAAUGACAUCAUUUACAUCAGCACAGCUAAUCCAGCACAUUAGGGGUGAUUUCUCAGACAGGGUUUACAUAAAGCCAGGACUAGCCCUUAGUUAUAUUAAGACAUUUAAGUAGUUUUUACAAAAAAAAAAAUAAUGCCGCUGAUUUAUUUUAAGAUACGUCAGUGCAAGCCGUUUCCUGUUAAGGCAGCUCAAAGACUACACUUAAGCCCUGUCUGGGUAACCAUCCCUUAGUGUCUGGUUAAACUGGAUUAUGGGUGAUUAAUGAAGUAUGUUAAGUAGUCAGUAGUGGAUUAAAAGGAUAAUACACCCAAAAAUGAAAAUCCUGUCAUCAUUUACUGACCCUCGUGUUGUGCCAAACCUGUUGAAUACAAAAUAAGAUAUUUUGAUGAACGAUAAUAAACACACAGUUGACCGUCAACUUUGUGAAGACCGUCAUUUAUUAAAAUAUCUUUUUUUGUACUCAUGCAAGUUAAGAACAACACAAACGGUGAGUAAAUGAUGACAGGAUUUUCAUAGAGGACAAUGACUGUAUGAAGGAUUCUGUCAUCUAUUGCUCAGGUCUGGAUCAUUGGAAAUGCUGUACUGUUACAUACAUACUGUACAGUGUACACUCAUUUCUGUUCAGUGUUUUCAAACAAUGUCUCAUCCACCUCAUGAUAAAUAUGUAUCAAUGCAGCGCUUUUUGUGCAUGAAUGUGUUUAAUUUUCAUUAACCCUUUUGUGUCCUGUGUGCCCUAACCUAAAUAGAGCUACAGUAAAUCAUUAUCAUGAUCAAUUAUUAGUCUGAUAUUGUCAUAAGUCAGCAGAAAGAUACAUCACACAUCUUAUCACAUUAAGACGACGAGGUCUAGUAACUUUUAAGAUUAAAGCUGAAGGAUUCACAUUUAGUGUUGAGCUCAUUCUACCCUACAUUAUGAAUAAUCUUCUUUAUUGUCUAGUUAUAUGUAUGCGACAGUCACGUCCAUUUAUGUGCUAUUCACUCUGUAUAGUCUUUUUUGUUUAUAUAUUUUGUGUUUUAAUUCUUAUGUAAAUAAUAAUAAUAAUAAUAAAUAAUUGAGAAACUUGA